AUGUACAAUCUCGAAGACAAGAAUGUUCUUGAUAUUGAUACAAGACAAGAAAGACCAACACGCCCAAUAGUUUCUUACUUUUCACUUGAGGGAGAUCAGGAGUAUAUCGACAUUGAGAUUUACAAUGCCACUCUUGAAGAGAGCUCAAUUCUCAAAUACAAACGGGAUAUGGCUGUUAAAGGAUUUUAUUUCGAUCCAAAAUAUCAACGUAAUUACAGGAGAAUUUACACAGAGAGAGGAGCAGAAAUAUUCGGUUUACAAGAAAUGAAUUUUGUGAGGAGAGUUAAAAUUGUUGGAUUUCCAAAAUUCAAUCAAAAGAAGAGAAAAAUCAAGAAACUAAUGGAAACUUGGGGUCAUAGUAAGGAUGAAAUUGAUUUUUGUUUGGCAAGUUGCCGAUUCGAUUAUCAAAUUGAUAGUGAUGACAACCUGAUAAUACAAGUUUCAAAUUUGAUUGAAGCGAUCAAUUUUAAUCCAAUUGAAAUUCACACCAGUUCAAUGAUCCCUUGUAACAUUUCAGAUGCACUCUCAGAGGAAGUUCAGGAUAAAUUCGAACAAAUAGAAGAAUUAGUUGUCAAUAUUGAUUUAAAGGAUGAUGUUAUUGAAUAUUUGGAAAAAUCCAAGUCAGUCUCUGCUUUGAGAUUUUCUGGAAGAGCAAAUGGGAAAACACUCAGAACCAGAGGUUUGGAUAUUCUUGCCCUGUUGAAUGAUAUGAGUUCUACGACAAGUGAAGCUCCAGGAGAACCCCAACUCGACGAAGCAGAAUCAGAUCAUCAAGACAAUAAGAGAGGUCGAGAUGAAUUUGAAGAUGAAGAUGUUUACAAUACAUCUCCACCAAGGAAGUGUAGUCCUCCACAAAAGCCCUCUCCACCACUCAUUACAAAAUCAGUAACAUUUCGAACACAAGAGCAAAUAGAAGAGUAUUUUGACUGA